GUGACCGCCCACCGGAUGCGAGAACAACCGUGAGAACUUCAACUAUAGACACGACGUCGUGUUCAGUGUCCCCCAACUCGAUGUUAAGUUGUGGCCGAACACGGAAGCCCGCCAUAAAGUUCUCGUGAGUCUGAGAGGUGGGAGGAGAUCAUUUGUGUUGAUGGGAGGGACGAGCAGGGCAACAGAGAAGCGACGUUAAGCAGGUCUGGAGAAGAAAAGCUCGGCUCGGCGCGUGGACCCUUUUACACAACUUUCCCUUCAUUUGUUUUAACACUGUUGGAACACGAGAAGAAAAGCAGCCGCCAGGGAGAGAUCCUGUGAAGGAGCGGCCACCUCCUGAUACUCCGUCCCCACAAAAGGUUUCAUCCAGCUGCUCGCCAUGUCUGUUCCAGGUUACCCAGACGCUCACAACAACACGCCCUACCCGAUGCCUCAGCCCGGCGGCUACGCCGUGGCCCCGUAUCCAGCUCCUCAGGGUGGAUACGGAGACCCCAGACAAGCCCCUCCAAUGGGCUUCAACGCGGGCUACAACCAAGGCCCGCCUCCUGUCAUGAAUCAGCCUGGUCCCGUCGGACCAGUUCCAGCACCGGAGUACGGCGCGCCUCACGGAGGGCUCUCGCAGGCUCCGGCUGUGGUUCCUGUGGGGGUCCCACCGGGGCUGGAGUACCUCACCCAGAUCGACCAGAUCCUGAUCCAUCAAAAAGUGGAACUCCUCGAGGCAUUCAUCGGGUUUGAGACCAACAACCAGUACGAGAUAAAGAACAGCCUGGGCCAGAAGAUCUACAAGGCCAAGGAGAAGAACGACUGCUGCACCCGCAACUGCUGCGGCUCGCUGCGCAGCUUCGACAUGAAGAUCAAGGACACCACGGACCGGGAGGUCAUCCGGCUCAUACGACCGUUACGCUGCGUCUCCUGCUGGUGUCCCUGCUGCCUGCAAGAGAUCGAGGUCCAGUCACCGCCGGGCACCACCAUAGGCUACGUCAAACAGGACUGGCACCCUUUCCUGCCCAAAUUUUCCAUCCAGGGACCCAACAAGGAGACCGUCAUGAGACUGGAUGGGCCGUGCUUCGCCUGCACCUGCUGCGGAGACGUCAACUUCGAGCUGAAGGGCAAAGACGGUGACGCGCCCAUCGGCCGCAUCAGCAAGCAGUGGAGCGGCCUCCUGAAGGAAGUCUUCACGGACACCGACAACUUCGGCAUCCAGUUUCCGAUGGACUUGGACGUGAAGAUGAAAGCUGUGCUCAUGGGAGCCUGCUUCCUCAUCGAUUUCAUGUUCUUCGAGAAGGUCGGGGAUGGCAACCAGCGCAGCACGGUGUUUUCAUAACGGAGAACCAAGAGGCGGGAACUACCGCAUGAGAUCAAGUGCCAGUUAUGAGUCACUCUUCUUUUUCCUUUUCUUUUUUCCCCAUCCCUUCACCCAUUCCAGCCAAACGGGUGCUCAUCCCAGCAUCAUUUUACAAACACAGACCAAAUUGACCUCAUGACCUCUUGAUUCCAGAUGCCUGCCGUGGAUUGUUUUAAAAAAAAUCUCUCCAAACUCGGUGACUCACACCGGCACCACGUUGCCAAUGUUGCCUUUACACAUGCAGUCUGUAGUUUUAUCUGUCAAAGAAUGUCGACUAUCGUCCCUCAAUUGUCUUUUUUUAGGACCCACACGUAGAAAUAAGAGUGAAUAAAAAAACAAAUGUUUUACAAGAGCAAUAACAUUUCAUAUCUUUGAUGUAGGUUUGUCUAAUAAUAUCUCAUGCUUACUCGUGUGUUAUGAAGAAAUCACCUCCUGCCUCGUGUCACUGUAACACCGUUGUGAAAGCAGAGGUUGUAUUUAAUCCCUCGCGGUGGGCGGAUACUUCUACCGUGUCUCGUGCUAAUUGUUGUUAAUACAAGUUCAACUUUCUACUUGCUUAACAUCACAAACGGCCUCACAGCUGCUGGCGUGGCUGUAGGCUUUUACUCUUAUAAACUAACCAACGCUUUGUAUACAACCGUUUCUAUACAUCAGCCACAGUAAGCCGGCUGUCAUUAUUUAGCGCCCGUAGGGUCGUGAUGGUUUGUUAGCGGCAGUGUUUCCCAAAGUGCUCGGCGACCUCUCUGUUCCUCCAGACCCUCUGCCGUCAACAUUCGUGUACAUAAUCUAACAGUACUUGACGUGUAUUUGAUGCCGGCUACACAUGCUGCCCCUGUGUUCUCGUGGUUACCAUGGAGACUGACAUCACUGCCAAAUCUGCCCCACCCAGGUGCCUUUUAAGGUGUGCCAAGUGCACAUGGGAGCGAGAGAUUGUGUAAAGGAGGACUGGAAACAAAAUGAAAAGCAGAAGUUGAGGUUGGUUAACAUCAGUUAUGGGAAACUUGUUGACUUUCUGACGCAGGGAGCGACCUGAAUGUGAACUUGUGACGUAUGAUCGGUGUUUAUUUGCUGUGCUUCACAACGGAUUCAAAGAAAAAUGUCAGGUUUAUGUUUUGCAAAAGCGUCAAUGUGCUCUUGAACGCAACUCUGUGCUCUGUUGAUUAAUGCUUCUCGUGAGACGACAUGAGGGGGGGGGGGCACUAGUGCUCUCAGAUGCAGCUCUCUCUCUAACGGCAGUCACUGAAUGCGUCUUAUAAAUAUAAAUAUAAUAAUACAUAUAUAAUACACACUUCCAUCAAGUUGGACAGCAAUUAUUUGUUCAUUGUGUCAGUUUGAUGAUCCUCUAAGACACACAGCCAAUCGGUUAUCUCUGCAGGAUCUGUUGCAUCAGUUUCCUAUUUUGUAAUUUAGUUCAUUAAUUUUUACUGAAUUUAAAAAAUACUCUGUACCUACUCGAAAUAAAACAAAUGCUAUAUGAAGCCGUA